UCUCACAGGCCCUCUUCUCCUUCGUUUAUCUCGCUGCCAGCAUCUCACUGCCAGCAUCUCAUUGCGUCUAGGGUUGAAGAAGACCAAGUCCGAAUGACGAAUGUGGAGAAUCCGCUUCAAGGAUACGGUGGUCUCGCGCUCUUCCGUCGAACCUUUCCUUCUCUUCCGAAGGAUUUUCGUUCCGACGAUUUACUCUCCACUCACAACUUCUUGAAAUCGCUGCCAAUCAAAGACCAUAAUAAGCUCGUAGAGCAGGCGAACAUUAUCCUAAGUGAUCGUUGCGAGCUUCCAGCGGCGGAUCCUGCUAAGGUUCCGCCGUCUGAAGACAACGGUGAAGCAGCUAGUAGUAAGCUUAUGGAGAAACCUCGAGAGAGAAGGCCAGGGUUAGGGAGGAAGCGAGCUCGGUUCUCUUUGCUUCCAGAUAUCAGUCAGCCUAGUAUAAAUUUGGAACCAACGUUGGACAUUGACAAACAUAAAGAUCCAGAGGAGUUCUUCGCUGCUUUUGAAAGAUUAGAAGAUGCGAAAAAAGAAAUAGCUAAGCAGACAGGUCAUGUCCAAACUAGUUCGUAUCAACAGGGUGCACCUUUGCCUGCGCGCCCUCGCCGACCUGGGAUUCCGGGGAGAUCUAGGACUGCAAAAUACAUACAUCUCUACCCUACAAUGCAAGAAAAUUCUGAAGCUGAACUGCUUAAUCCAUAUCCUGGCGCCUCACAGCCAGUAGCAACAGAUUCUAAUGCUAAACUACAAGAGGGUACAUUGGAAGAAAAUGAACUUGGUGAUGAUUCUUCAGAUGAAAAAGGACCAUCUGGUGCAGUAACGGAGCCCAGGGGCAAGGUCGAUAAAGUUUUGGAUGACUUGAGUGAGUUACUUUCUCAAGAUUUUGAAGGCCUCGACGAGGAUAAACCAGUUAGUUUGUUUGGUGAAAAGUUUCAGUUCAAGCCUUUACAUAUAGAGAAAUUAAACCUCCCUGAGUUCCAUGAUAUUCCAACGUUUGAUUGGACAUCUUCAAGAGCUGGAAACUUGAAUAAGCCUAGGCGUCCACUGUCUGAUAUUGAUAAUAUUUUGAAAGAGACGAAGGGUAGAAGUUUUAUGAAACUUAAAAAAGGGGAAACUUCUGGUUCAAGUUUUGGUUCUGAUUCUCUACCAAAAAGCCCUUUACCCUCAUUAGCGCAGAAGUUGAUAUCACAGUCAGACCCACUGGUUGAUCCAUUUCCAUUUUAUGUCGACGACAUUGGUUCAUUACCUGAGACCAAUGCUUCUCUCAUGGGGGAUGUCAACCAGGGUGAUACUGCAAAGGAGUUGAAUUGUGCUAUGAUUGAUGAAUGUGACCACACCGUUGGUGUUAUCAGUUCACCUGUUAUGGCAGAUUUUACUGUUCCAUCUAACAGAACAGCGGAGGAUUUUAUGACCACACUCAAUUCUGAUGAGGAGGAUGGCCUCGACAAUUUUUGCGCUGAGGUGGAGGGUGAGAACAAAGAUGGAAAUGGCAAAGAAGGGAAUGCGAAUUUAGAGUGCGGUACAACAAGCCAGAUGGUGGAGGGUGAGAACAAUGGUGGAAAUGACAAAGCAGGAAAUGAGAAUUUAGAUCAGUAUGGUACAACAAACGUGAUGGAGGAGACAGAAACUGUGGACUCUGCUCAGCCUGGUGUAAUCAUUGAGGAAAAUAUUGCAACAGAUCGCGUCUCUCAAACUGAGUUUGGUCAAAGCAGCUCUGUGGUAAUGGACGACCAUGAGACGACCGGAUGUGCAACAAUCCAAAGCAAGGGUCCAGAAGAAGACUUAGUCGAUUCUUAUGAUGAUCAUAAUGAGAAUCAUUCAGAGGAGCCUCGUGCAGUCAUGAUGAAGGAACCCAUUAAAGGAAACACUAGGAAGCGCAAGAGCCGCAGUAACAAGUAUAUGACUAAGAAGCAAAGGCGUACAGUUACCAAGAAGAGCGUGGUGGAUGACUGUUCUAAAGCCAAACACACAGCUGAAGAGUCCAGCAAAAUUGCUGCAGUAACUCAUGAGCAGACUAUUCAAGAGUCUCUGAUGGCAUCAGCAAAUGAGCAAACCAGAGCGGCAACCCGUCCACUCAAGGGAAGAGAAUCCCGAUCAUUCUCUCAAAGGAAAAGCCUCAUAGGUGCUGGUUCUUCAUAUGCUACAGAGGGAGGGCUGAGGCGAAGCACGAGGAUUAGGUCGAGACCUUUGGAGUUCUGGAAUGGAGAACGGUUCCUGUAUGGACGGGUUCAUCAAAGUUUGGCUACCGUGAUCGGGAUCAAGUAUCAGUCUCCGGGAAAAGAUGAAGGGAAGAAGCCCAUCUCGUUGAAGGUGAAGUCAUUUGUCUCUGACGAAUACCAGCAUCUAGUUGACUUAGCUGCGCUGGGUUGAGCGAAUUCAACCACAAUGGUUUGGUGCCAGGGAGUUUGCCUCACUGUUUCCUGGUAGUGUUUUCAUCUCUUGUUCAUGAAGCUCUCCGUCUCCCUAUUUGCCUACACCUCCGGUGUAUUUGCUGUAUUGCUCUCAGGAAGGAAUUUGUUUGUGAUGUGGUGACUGACUGUAAAGGUCAAAAUGGAGGGUUGUAAUGAGUAUAGCUGGUGUACUGAGUCUGUUUUCAGUUCGAACGGAAUGCACGACGGCCUUAGAUAUCGGACAAGCUCUAUUGUGUUUAGGAUUGUGGAGCUGUAGCUUAUAUUGAAUGACACUACGGCCUCCAUUAGUCCAUUUAUGUCAUGAAUCCACACUUCAUUUUGAUUGAUUGGG